CGCUCCCGGUGCAGCGCCCGCGGCGCCGCUCCCGGCACGGCCCGGGAUGGGCUCCGCGCACUCCGUGCCCGCCGAGAUGCGGGAGCUGGCGGACAGGACCGGCUUCACCUCGGAGCAGAUCGAGCACCUGCACCGGCGCUUCAAGCAGCUGAGCCAGGACCAGCUGACGAUCCGCAAGGAGAAUUUUGACAGCAUUCCCGACCUGGAGUUCAACCCAAUUAGGGGGAAAAUCGUCCACGCCUUUUUCGACAAGCGGAACCUGCGGCAGGAGUCGGACGGGCUGGCGGACGAGAUAAACUUCGAGGACUUCCUGACCAUCAUGUCCUACUUCAGACCCAUCGAGAUGAACAUGGACGAGGAGCAGCUCGACCGCUUCCGCAAGGAGAAGCUCAAAUUCCUGUUCCACAUGUACGACUCGGACCACGACGGGAAGAUCACGCUGCAGGAGUACAGGAAUGUGGUGGAGGAGCUGCUGUCGGGGAACCCCCACCUGGAGAAGGAGUCUGCCCGCUCCAUCGCCGACGGGGCCAUGAUGGAGGCCGCCAGCAUCUGCGUGGGACAGAUGGGGCCGGACCAGGUGUACGAGGGCAUCACCUUCGAGGAUUUCCUUAAGAUGUGGCAGGGGAUCGACAUCGAGACCAAGAUGCACGUCCGCUUCCUCAACAUGGAGACCAUCGCCCACUGCUACUGAGGGGGAGGAGGAGGAGGAGAAGAGGAGAGGAGGAAGAAGAGGAGGAGGAGGAGGAAGAGGAGGAGGAGGAGAAGAGGAGGAGGAGGAAGAAGAGGAAGAGGAGGAAGAAGAGGACUCAGCAGCAGCUCCAUGUUCCUGGCACCAAGCUCUCUGUCCCCGCCCGCACUGGGGCUGCCGCUGCUCUCUAGAAACAUAAGAGGCUUUUAUCUGUAAUAAAAGGUAUUUCUCUUUUUAUUCCCA